UGAAUAAGUUAGGUUAGGUUAGAACAUGAGCAUGAUAUCUUGUCAGUGAUUCACGUGGUCCAUUCUGAUAAUCGUCGCACUAGUUUUAUUUAGUUUAAUUAUAUUGAAUCGUGAAUCCCUCGUGGGUCGUAAACUUUGUCAGAAGUUUCGCUGUACCACUCCGUUUGCAUUGAUAUCAAGCACUGUGUUCGUAUAACUUCGCAGGGACUUUCGAUAAGUAGUCGAGUGAUGGGGAAGCACAAGAAUAGAAAUCGUUUCAAAGCACCGAGGCAUGCUGCAAUUUCAAGGCGUGUAGCUGAAUUGGGAUAUGAAAGCACCGAAACUACUCCAACGAACUUUAAGACUGUCAUUGAAAAUGUCGAAUCUAAAUUGCAGCUGCCGAGCUCCUCUGAUAAAAUUUGUGGACUUCAGAUAUUAUCAAAUGUUUUAGAUGAGCCGGGAAUAUUGAAAGAAAUUAUUGAAACCAAAAUCACUAAGUUGAUAGCUCCAUGUCUUGUGGACUCUCAUCCUUCUCUAAGGAAUGUUGCAGCUGCAACCUUGAGAAUUCUAAGUGAUCAUGGUGACAUAUGUGAUGCUCUCAUUGAACAGGACAUAAUGACCCCUCUUGUGGCUUUCAUUCACAAGUUUGCAGAAGAUGUGAAGCCUGAGAAAAAAGACCAAAAAGUUUCCGAAAAUUCUGAUACUUUCAACCAUGUCAUAAAUCUGCUAUGGAAUUUGUGUGAAAGUAGCAGUGUAGCAGUUAAAUAUUUCAAUUCAGAAAAGUUGCUAGCUAUUCUAACACGGUUUUUAAAUCCCAACGAUUAUCGACCAGAACUAGUUAUCUCUGUUGCUCAGUGCCUUCUCACUGCUUCAGAAGAAAAUCAAAAUGCCCUCAAUAUUUUGGAGAAUGAAGUUGGUGUCAUUAAAGGCUUGAUCAACAUCAAAAGUGAAGAGCCGGCAUCAAUUCUCUUACGAACUCUUGCUGCAGGUCUGAUGUACAAUAUUGUUCUGAAAGAAAAAUCAGGCAGUCAAACAGAAUCAGUUGUGCAUAUUCUUUCUCUACUUUCAACAACAUUGGUGACUGAUGUACGAUCCCUUGUCCAUGAGUUGACCAGUCAAAUUCCUGUGGAGGGAAAUUCAUCCUCUGAAGAAUGUACCAAAAUCAACUCAGUUGAAAACAUUUUAGACGCACAGUUAGUCGCUAUUGAAGUACUCACUAACAUUUUCACUUGUGAAGAUGAAGAAUCCAUGGAAGAAGACGGUGAAGAUUCAUUUUCAGAUAGCGACGUUUCAGAAGCGGGUGAAAUUUUUAUGCCAUGUGUCAGUUUUCCAACAAUCGUUCAAGAAGCUGUGUCCAGUGUUGAACUUGUGCCAAGAUUGCUCAGUAAACUCGAACCACCUGCAGAAAAUGUUUGUGGCAUUUUAUCAUCCAACAAAGAUUCUCAACGAUUAUUGGUGAAAUUCAAACUGCUCCAGACACGUUCUCUCUUCUGUUUCCAUAACUUAGUCAGUGGGCUGGAUGUGCAGUGUCUCGGAGGUGCAGACAAACUAUUUGAAUUGUGGACGUCAAUCAGCCAAGAGGUCCUCAAGUCUUUCGAAGUUCAAGGAGAAGAAUUUCUAGAAGCGGCCUCCUCUGCAAUGCGAGCAAUCAUCCUCAAGUUAGCGGCAGAAAAAUACUCAAGCAGUAUCAAACUUGACCAGAGUGACCUAGAAAUUUUAUUUAGCGCAACGAAAAAAUGUCCUUAUGAUUCUAUUCGUGCCAUUCUUAUCAGAAAUAUUGGGACGUUCGGAACUUUCUUUAUCAAUUCAGAACAAGAAAGUGUCCUGGAUGCUGUUGGUACAUUCUUGCUAGAAAUGUGCAACAGUAGUAAGGAAGUGUGGAUCAUUGCUGAAGCUGUAGAUGCUCUAAUGGAUCUUUAUGCCGAGGACGAGACAGACGCGUCUGCUGCAAGAAUAAAUCUAGUACAACGAUUGCAAAUAGGAGCGCCAGUCCUGAAAACUAUGAUUCGAUCGCAGAAAGGAAAGCUGGGAGAUCACCUGCCACUUGUUUCAACAGUCCAGUCCAAUUUAGGGAGGUUUAUCAAGUAUAAAGGAAAACGUAUUAACAAACUCAACGGAUGUUGAAUCCUCUAUAAUGGUCCACGUCCCAGAUUGAAAUUUAUUUUUAUAAAAUAGAAUUUCUCGGACAAGAAAAAAGAUCAUGAGUCCUCCAAUGUCUCUAUUUAUUUUUUUAGCUGAUUUAUUUUAGGUCUUAUUUUGUGACUUGACUAUCAUAGAGUGGCGAAAGUCUGAUGUAUUAAGAUUAUGUUGUUUUAUUUUUCUUUUUUGUUCAUAUUUUAAA